AUGUGGAGUUUGGAUCUGCUGCUGCUGCUCGCGCUCUUCGGAGCCUCUUACGGAGGGGAGGUGUGUAUCGGGGACCUGGGCUGCUUCUCGGACCUGCCGCCCUGGGGAGGAACCACACAGAGACCGGCCUCUGUCCUGCCCUGGGGCCCCGAGGCUUUAGGCACCAGAUAUCUGCUCUUCACCCAGAAGAACAAGUACUACCAGGAGAUCAAACCCGACAGCUCCAUCUCAGCCUCAAACUACAACAGCAAAAAGAUGACGCGCUUCAUCAUCCCGGGGCAUCUGAAGAAAGGAGACGAGGACUGGGCCCAGGAGACCUGCAGGACCAUGCUGACCUGGGAGAACGUGAACUGCGUUGUGGUGGAGUGGAAGUCGGGGGUGAGGACGUCGUACGCUCAGGCCGCCAAUAACGUGCGAGUCCUGGGGGCGCAGGUCGCUCAGAUGAUCUCCUUCCUCAUGGGGAAGUUCUGGCAGAAGCCCGACCGCUUCCACCUGAUUGGCCACAGUCUGGGAGCUCACGCCGCCGGAGACGUGGGACACCGACUCCGAGGAAUCGCCCGGAUCACAGGUCUGGACCCCACGGAGCCGUACUUCCAGGGCACAGACGCUGAGCUCCGCCUCGACCCGACCGACGCCACGUUUGUCGACGUCAUUCACACCGACGGCGCCCCCUUCAACUCCAAACUGGGUCUGGGAGCGUCGGAGCCCAUGGGACACGUCGACUUUUACCCAAAUGGAGGAGAGAACAUGCCCGGCUGCAACGUCAACAAAGGAAAACCCACAGACCUGGACGCCGUCUGGCAAGGCUCGGUGAAGUUCGACUUCUGUAAUCACGGUCGUUCGUACGAGUUUUACACCGAGAGCAUCGUCAAACCUCAGGGCUUCAUCGGGUUUCCCUGCGCCGACAAAACCCACUACGACCAAGGGAAGUGUUUCCCGUGCUCAGAGGACACGUGUCCACAGAUGGGACAUCACUCGUACAAACUCGCCGCCAAAGGAGGGAAGUACUUCCUGAGCACCGGAGACUCCACCCCCUUUGGACGUUACUCGUAUCACGUCCGUCUGACUCUGGACGGCCCCAUGUGGCCAAACCCCGGCUUCAUGUUCGUGGCUCUGGUUGGAGACAGAGACAAAACUGAAGAACACCAGCUGCAUGUAGGUUCUCUGGUUCCUGGCUGGACUUAUGAGAUGUUGCUUCACGCUGAGGUGGACGUGGGCGACGUGACGGAGGUGAACUUCAGGUGGAACAACCACAUCCCCAACCCCAUGAACGAGAAGUACGGAGCCUCCAGCGUCGAGCUGCUCCGAGGGAAAGACAAGAAGACGAUGCAGUUCUGCGGCACCGAGAAAGUCGCAGAAAACAAGAUCCAGUCGAUCCUGCCCUGUCGCCAGCCCUGUCAGGCCCCUGUCACGCCCCUGUCACGCACCUGUCACCUGUCACGCCUGUCAGGCUCCUGUCAGGCCCCUGUCACGCACCUGUCACGCACCUGUCAGGCCCCUGUCAGGCCCCUCACGCCCCUGUCACGCCCCUGUCACGCCCCUGUCACGCCCCUGUCAGCCCUGUCACGCCCCUGUCACGCCCCUGUCAGGCUCCUGUCACGCACCUGUCACGCCCCUGUCACGCCCCUGUCACGCCCCUGUCACGCCCCUGUCACGCCCCUGUCAGGCUCCUGCUCCUGA